UCCGGGUUUAGCGCCGCUACUUCCUACCUGCAGCGACACGCAUUCACCGGUCAGCCUGGUUUAUUGUCUCUGUUUAACCCGCCCACACCCCAACCAUCACUCCACCCCGUCACGGCUCACGGUGGUGUUGGUUUAUGAUCGGCCGUUUGUUCGUUACCGUGUCACAGAGGGUGCCGAGCUUCUUGUACCGGGUGUCGCUGAUGAAGAAGCCGCAGGUUGUGUUCGUGCUGGGCGGCCCUGGCGCCGGCAAAGGAACCCAGUGCUCCAAAAUCGUGGAGAACUACUGUUACACCCAUCUGUCUGCCGGGGACUUGCUGAGAGCGGAGCGAGCAAGGGAGGGGUCAGAGUUUGGACAGCUCAUUGCCAGCUACAUUAAGGAGGGCAAAAUUGUCCCUGUGGAGAUCACCAUCAACUUACUCAGGAAGGCAAUGGAAGAGACGAUGCAGAAAGAUGCAAAAAAGUUCCGUUUCCUCAUCGAUGGUUUCCCCCGCAAUGAGGACAACCUUCAGGGAUGGAAGAAGGACAUGGAUGACAAAGCAGAUGUCAAAUUUGUGCUGUUCUUUGACUGCGGCAAUGAGGUCUGCAUCAACAGAUGUCUAGAAAGAGGGAAGAGUAGUGGACGCACAGACGAUAACAGAGAAAGCCUGGAGAAAAGACUCCAGACCUAUCUACAGUCUACACGACCAAUCAUUGAACUGUACGAGAAACAGGGCAAGGUGCGCUCUGUAGAUGCCUCUCGCUCCGUGGAUGAGGUGUUUGCUGAUGUGAAAACCAUCCUGGAAAAAGAGGAUUGAAUUUUCCAAUCUGCCAGCAACAUUCAUUUACCUUAAUGGUUUCCUUUUUAUCAACUGCAAAUACACUAUAAAUUAAUGUCCACACAAAUUUUUUAUUUGAUUUCUUUCCUUUUUUUUUUGGUUUUCCACAUCUUUUAUAUUUGCUGUACUCUUUGUGAGUGUCUCUACAUGUCAGUGAGAAUUUGGAAGGGAAAAAAAAGUCCAAAAAACAAUGUCUCUACUGUGUCCACAGGGCAUGUUACUGGAAGCAGCCAUAGUGCUUCAGACCAAAUAGAUGGACCUGAAGGUUUAAGUGUAGUUGUUGGUUACUCAGUAUGGUAAAUGGCUCAUUCUACAGUGCACUACAACACCUCACUUCUUCAUUGCUUCAUUGCAGUCAUGAAUCCUGUAACUAGUUAUAAUUAGACUAAAACAUGGACAUAUGCUGUUAAACUGUACUGUAUCUUUUUGAAGGAGAAAUAAUGAAGAUAAAAAAUAAAAACAUC